UGUGCCGUCGCUUCAUCCCCUCCGUCGGGGUUCUUCCUUUUCUUUUCUUUUCUUUUAUUUUGUCCUGCUAGCUAGCUCUUGGGGAAAUUAAUGGACGAGGAGAGUAAUUUGAAAUCGGAGCUGCUCUACUCGAGCGCUUCUUUCAGGGAGUUGUACUACGGGACUGUCACCGGCGCUGUGCCUUUCGAGUGGGAGUUACGGCCGGGGACGCCCAAAAACGACCGAGCCGCCGCCAGCAGCGCCGUCCCUCCGCUGACGCCGCCGCCCUCCUACUACGGCGCUGCCUUGGGGAAGAGAGAGACCGCGGCCGAGUACUCCUCCAGAUCUGCCCGCCUCGUGCACGCGUUGGUGCUGCUCAUCUUGAGGAGGUUCCGGCGGCCCGCUUCUUCGUCGUCGGACAGUUCCAGCCCGAGGUCCUCCUCUUUCUCCUCCUUCUCCUUCUCUUCCUUCUCGUCCUGUAAAUGGGACAAGGAGGACAAUUCCAUGAACUAAAUUUUGAGCCUGUAAAUCCUUGAAGAGAAGAAAGAAAAUUACAACUUAAUUAUAUGCUGUUCAUGGCCUAUAGCUUAAAGCUUCAGUAGAUUGUCUCGAAUUGAUUAUCACAUGAUAAAUUUAUAGAAUUGAACCUGUAAAUUUUUUCAUGUGAUGAUUAAUUUCGAUUUCUUAUCGUGGGGAUUACUAAGGUGACAGACUUCACCUGAAUUUAGUACUGGAUCUAUAAACUUGCUGAAUCUUGUUACGUAUGAUAUAUGUUUCGUAUGGACACUUGUUUUAAAUACAAUGGCUAUUG